AUGGCCGCCGCAAAAGUCCUUGCGAUACCAGAACUGCUGGAAAUGAUACUCGAGAAGGCCGAUCCGAUCCAGCUAUUCGCAUUGCAGCGCGUUGAUAGGACCUUCCACGCUAUGAUCCUCAACUCGAAGCGAGUCCGGCGGCGCAUGCUACUCGAAACGCCCAACGCCGUGAAUGACGCCGCGGUGAACGAGAUUCUGAACAAUCCUCGAGUCAAGCGCGCCAUCGCACGCUUCGAGAUCAGGUCGCGGUGGUUCUCUCGGAGAAUCAUGUUGAAAUGUCCGUGCCCCGAGAUCAAGGCGUAUAGGACCAAGCAUCACAGGUCUAUGCUGAGGUAUACUACAAUGAGAGCAUCCUGGAGGCAGAUCAAGAUUAGCUCGGGAUCCGACGAUCUGAUCGUGCUGCACUGCCCUAACGGGUCUGAAGUGGGCCGCAGCUCUGUCCAUGGCAAAGGAGGUAUUGCUUUGGGAACAGCUCUGGACCAGGCUGAGUUCAUUAUCCUCCGCAAUGAUGGCUAUGUCCACAAGUGGUGUAAUCUCGGUGGGGACGGACAACGUAGGAGCGCCUCCGGUGAUGACUUUGGUGAUGGCUUCAAUGGCGGUUUCGGGUUUCGGAGAUAG